AUGAUGGAUCGAUUAAGCGGCACAAUGUCUUUCAUCCCUUCAUCGGAUUCACUAUGCUUCAGCUGGUUCAUCUGCGUUGCUAUCUUCGGCCUUGCGUAUUAUACCAACCCUUCAGAAAAUUCCUUCAAGCGCUUCCUGGAUCAGCUCCCAAUCCCCAAACAACACAAAUCUCUCCGCUGCCAGCCAAUUGACAACAGCUUCAACCAACAGAAUCCAACUUGCCCUCUCGGAACGAAGAGCAACAAUCAGCAAUGCAACCCAAAACAGAACACUGGCCAGCGGAAUCCAAAAGGUCCAGCCAGCCGAAUGGUGUUGGCCUCUGCCUCCAAAUUGUCAUUUUCUAUUCAAACGUCACAUUACAACCGGCACAACUUCCUGCUCUACACACUCAUCUCGAUCGAUCACUCUCAACACUCGGUCUAUAAUAUUUCCUCCAACAGGUCUGCUGGAGAAGGCUAUCCACAACUAGAAUGGUUCCUGGGAUGUUUCAAUACCUGGUUCCCCCUUCAACGUCAAAUAUCUAUUGCUCUAGAUUCUUUCUUGAUUGUCUCAAAUAUUCAAUCUUUGAAGUCUUUUUGGAAUCAACGGGCCCUCAGCAUCCCGGGCGUCGCUCUCUUCCCGCCCCCUCUGACGGAUGAGCUUAUUUCGUCCCCGCAAGAUCUUUCUCCCCUCCUCACCGGAAGGAAGAAAAACCCUCACCGGAUUCCAAAAUUGACUUCUUUGUCCCAAACCUCUGCACAAUCAAACCAUUUCCCUGAAUGUUCACCUUCAGAGGAUUCUUUCUCAACCUCCUCAGGAUCUGAGCACGAUUGCUAUACCACUCUAGUUUCAGCCCCCACGUCUCCUUGUACUUCUCACCAAGUGCCCGCAACAUCAGGCCCACAUGUCGAAUCAUCCCCGGGAGACAUUAAACUAAAUGCCAGAUCUCCAAACCACAUCACGGCAACCAAUGAGAUACUAGUAUCACUGACGCUCAACACUAGUCUUAUCCCUGAACAUUCCGCUCGGAGCAUCAGUCCUGCAUGUACCAAUUUUCUUGAAAGCUCAGAGACCAACUCAACAUCCAAUAAUCACCUGCUUCGCGAAACAUCUCAGUGCGAUUCGUCCAUACCAUCACCAGAGGGCUUUCACCAGCAAGCUGAAAAGGACCUCAAGCCUCCAUCUCACGAUCUCAAAAAUCAGCUUAAAGAAUUGGAUUAUAAAUGUAGCCAGGAAGACCUGAACAAGGUCCAUUACCAGUCAAGCCUCAAGCAUUUGAGCGAGAUCAAGGAUCUGAAGGAGUUUAAACAACGGAAUCUAGAUGAAAAGCUCAAGCAAUGCAAAGCAACACAUGAUAAACUUGCUAAGCAAUCUUCCAAGGUUCAGGAGGAUAUCGUAGCCAUCCAGACUAAAGUUACUUCGAUUCGGUCCAAGUUUACAAAGGAUACUCAACAGAUCAAGAAGGAAGGAGAACGGCUGAAGACUGCAAUCAAACAUACCAAAUUUGAAAUUGAUCAGCUCUCCAAAACCAAUGAGAUGAAAACGGCAAAGAAGAAAGAACUGAAAGAAAAACUCGCAACCCGUCAGACCGAACUGAACCACAAACGCGAAUCAAACAAGCGGGACAACCCGGAAAACAAAUCUGAACAAACAACCGCCCCCCACCGGCACCUUACCACUCAAGACUCAGCGGGUCAAAGUUCCGUGGCCGACUGUCCGCGCUCUUCCCAGUGUUCCACAUCAUUGCCAACUCUCCUGAAUCAAGUUGAAAACCUUCCGCUCAAAACUUCAAAUAUUUCCGCUAUUAAUACUUCCAGUUCAAUUUGGCCAAAAUCCCAAGACUCUUUCACGUUUCCUCCUUCUGAGAAUUCGAUGGGUCCGAUGUUGUUUCCUGACUUCGCACAUAGCAGCCGUCAUCUUGAUGGUGCAUGGGCGCCAGACCCUUUGUCAGAAACCAUUCAACAGAGUAACAUCCGUGAAACAUUCAUCAGCCUACCUAACCUGGAGUUGAGUGCCCUGAAGGAUCGUCAUCCAAUACUUCAAGCGCUAGAUACUUCUCUUUCUCUUCCUCCACUUCCUGCGUCUCGACUGACAGAUGAGCUCUUUAACUACCGUCACGAGAUUCCACCUCCCGCCAUUGCUCUUAUUUCUGAAUGGACUCGACCGCUCUCAAGUCAAGCUUCAUUACCCUUUGGCGCCAUUGGUCAAGAUUCACCCACUCGGGUUCGUGCCAAUACGUCACCUGUUGUACAUGCAUCAUCAUUUUGCUUUCCCGACACUUUGGCCCCUACAACUCCCUUGAUUUGUAGCGGAUUGCUAGCUGGCAAAAAAAGAUAUGAUACUUUCUCUCGAACUAGUAGUUCGAGCUCCCUAUCUCAAAUGCCAGGAUAUGGCUCAGUCGAAUCAUCCCCUGCUUCACCCUACGCCCCCGUUGGAACCCCUGCCUACUUGAGCCACCAAAGAUUAAACGAGCUUCAAGAAACCUCAGGCGAAGCAAUUGAGGAUUACACAUUUGGUGGAUCUCCGCAUGAUCCGAGCGAAAUGGAAGCCGAUUUUUGCCAGGCACUGAGUCUGAAGAUGAGUUCAAGGCGGCUCAAGACAUCCAACUCCCCUACCGUUGGUCUCACCGGGCGCGAGAAAGAUGAAAGAAUUAUGCCGACCGAAACAAUCCCGAAGGAAAGCCCUUCGGGUUUCAAGAAACAUCAAAGCACCCAAAGCUUGGGCGGUAAUACUCCACCAGAAGACAGUGGGCUGAACUCCAUUUUUGACGUUGUCCCCGAGCCUGCCUGGCCGUCGAGGCCCGGUUCACAGAGGCCAUCCGCCAGGCCGGCGCUGAACCCUUCCGCAAAAGUGUUUACCUUCUCUGCUUUCAGGCCCUCCUCUGUCACUCGCCCCUGUCCGACAUUAUCGGUUGGCCAGCAACGAGCUCGUGGUUAUAGCUAUUCCACAAUCACUUCUUCCUCUCCCAUCGCCAUGAAACCCUCGGGCCUCAAGACGAAAGCCGAGCCGGCCGAGCAAGCUAAGCUACGUAAGUCGCUCCAUCGCAGCUCAUGGUCAGUCGUCGUUGGCAUGAAAGCUGCUGCUGCGGGACCUCCCAGAAACGCGGGCAAGACCAGAGAGGCAAGCAGCUCGAGUCUCAAUGGGCAAGAUGGAUCCAACGGGUCUCUGAGCUCCGAGAACACCUUGACCAGCAAGUCGCCGGGUGCCCAGAAGCUCACCGGCUCACCCUCUGAGCUGGCGUCCACCUCCUCCCCAGGUCACGCCCUCCCGGCCGAGUUCACCAAGGCAGCCUGCGCCGGCCUCUUCGGCCCGAUUGGUGACUCCAAGCCCAAGAAGUCUCCCUCAACCCAGUCGUCUCCUUCCUUGGCGCCUCUCGCUACCAGCCUCUCAGUCUCUCUCAGCCAUUUGACGCCCACUGCGACGGCUGGAAUGGCGCCCGAAUCCUAA